AUGAGAGAAACAGAAGCACUGAAAUGCAAGCGCAAGGACAUUGGAAGCAACGUUCAAGAAUCUACAAGGAAAAGGCAGAAGGUGUUGCACCAAGUGGAGAAUUGGCUUGUAGCUGCGGCGAAUACUGAAGCUGAAGUAGAUUUGAUAAAAUCAGAAUUCGAUGAGAGGAGGACGAUCAUGAAUGGACAUUGCACUGAUUACUUCUCUCGUUACAUGUUGGGCAAACGGGCCAUUAAAAAGCUCGACGAAGUUAAGGAUCUCAUUGAGAAAGGGACACUUGAUCGACUGUCUGCUGGCCCUUCAUCACCACCACCACCAAAGGCUGCGGAGAUGCCGAUGAUAUUGAUGCGUGGUCAGAGAACGUCUGAACAAACAUUAAAGAAGAUACAGCAUUAUUUACAUGAUGAGGAGACGGGAAUCUUAUGUGUGUAUGGGAUUGGCGGAGUGGGGAAAACAACUCUCAUGAGAAGUAUUAACAAUCGGCUUGUAGGGAGCCACGACUUUGAAGCUGUGAUUUGGGUAACUGUGUCUAAGGAUGGAAAUUCAGGAAGGAUCCAAAAGGAAAUUGGAAAGAAGCUGGGGUUGAACUUUCGGAACAAUGAGACUGAAGAAGAAAAAUGCAUGGAAUUGUUUGCAGUCUUGAAGAACAUGAGGUAUAUGCUAAUUUUCGAUGAUAUCUGGCAAGAAAUCUGUCUGGAAGAAGUCAGAAUUCCAAAGCCGAACAAGCAAAAAAGAUGCAAGAUUGUAAUAACGACUCGAAUCAUUCAGGUGGGUAAUGUGAUGGAAGCCGAUGUGCAGAUCAGAGUCAGCACUCUUACAAGAAAGGAGGGUUGGGAUUUGUUCUGUUACAAAGCUGGAGAUGUUGUCCUCUUGCCAGAUAUCCGAGCACUUGCUGAGGAUGUCGCUGAUGAAUGCAGUGGUUUGCCGCUUGCAAUCACAACGGUUGGAAGAGCAAAAUGCGAGGAAAGGACAUGA